CCCCACUCAUGUUUCCAGAUAUGGAGUGAGAGAAGAAAGAAAAAGAAUAGCAUCAACCACUCCAGAGAUUUGUAUAUAAAUCCUCCAUAUCUUUGCCAACAAACCCAACAAUCUUUGAAAACAAAUAACCCUUUCGUUUUUUAUUUAUAUAUCUUGGGUGGUUGUUCUUAAUUGUAAACUCUAGAGAGAUAUUUGUAUGUGUUUAUAUAUUAAUGGAGAGCAACACUAAUAAUGGUAAUAAUCACAAGGCAAAGGUGAGUCUCGUGUUGUCAACAGAUGCUAAGCCCAGACUGAAAUGGACUUGUGAGCUUCAUCACAGAUUCAUCGAAGCCGUUAAUCAACUCGGUGGACCUAACAAAGCAACACCUAAGGGUUUGAUGAAGGCUAUGGAGAUCCCUGGGCUUACCUUGUAUCAUCUCAAGAGCCAUUUACAGAAAUAUCGGCUAGGGAAGAGCCUAAAAUUCGAUGAUAACAAGCUAGAAGUUUCCUCAGCUUCAGAAACCCAAGAAGCUGAGAGUAAAAACGAUUCUGGAGAUUUUAGAGGCAAUGUCAACCAAGAAAACAACGAUCCAGCUAACGAAGGCUUGAAAAUCACGGAGGCUCUACAACUGCAGAUGGAAGUUCAGAAGAAACUUCAUGAACAAAUCGAGGUUCAGAGGCAUUUGCAAGUGAAGAUUGAGGCACAAGGAAAGUAUUUACAGUCAGUUUUAAUGAAAGCUCAACAAACUCUCGCUGGCUACACAUCUGCCAGUCUUGGCAUGGACUUUGCUAGAAGCGAGCUCUCUAGAUUAGCUUCAAUGAUGAAUCCGAGUUCUUCCUUCUCAGAGCUAACGCAAGUGGAAGAUUACGAAGAAGAAGGAUUCUUGUGGUGCAAGAAAACAGAAAACAGAGGAAUUAGACAGCCAAGACGUUCAGUUGAGAGCUCGCUGACAUCUUCAGAGAGCUCAGAGACAAAACUGAAUAAUAAUAACGAGGAGAGGAAAUCGAUGGAGCUUCCAUUGAUGGAGAUCAAAUCAGAAGUGAUGACGGCGAAGAAGACUAAGAGAAGCUUAAAUGACGUCCUUUGCGUGGAACAUCAGCCUCUAAAGAAAAGAGAUUUUGGAGUUGACGAUGAUGAUGAGCAGCACUUGAGGUUGAGUUUGAAUAGUUACAAGAAAGUCAUGGGGACGUGUCCAAACAUGGACUUGGGUUUAAGUGGAAAAAAAACAUUAAUAUAAAUAUUUUAAGAAAAUCCAAUAUACAAAUAUGCGUAGAUUUCCAUAGAUAAUAUAAAUUCAGGGCGAAGAACGCAUGGGAAUAUUCUACAUGAGUCAACAUGAUUUAUAAUAUAGAAAAAAAUGUGUGAUAUGUGUGUACAAAUUAGGUGGGGAGGCUUGUGGAUGUGGUAAAGGCGGGAACUUUUUAUGAUCAAUGAAAGAAGCAAAAUGAUUAGAGUAGAGUGAGCUUUUA